CAAAGUCCAAGGUAACUUUAUGUCAAUUUGAUUGCCCACACAGCUCGAAGAUUUUCUUUCAUCACUCACAUGGCGCCGCAGAUAACGCUACAGCAGGGUUUCGUUUCACGUGGCGGUGGUAGGUACACACGCCAAAUGCCGUAACAAAUUCAUCUUCUUCUUCAUUCUUCCAUCAAUCAAUCCAAUCACUAUCAAUGGAGUCUACACUCUUAGCAACUGCAACCGGUCUCUCCAAAACCCUAUGUUACUCCACCGCAACUGCUCGGAGUCAUCUCGCACUGCUUCAUCUCCGGCGAGCAACCUCCUGUGAGAUUCGGAGGUUCGGUUAUGCAGCGCCGUUAAUUGGUGGAUUGCCGGUGGUUAGGUAUCGAUUGGCGUGUGUUUCGAGCUCUUCGUUUGCUUCCGGUGGCGGUGGAUAUGGCGGAGGUGUGUUUGGUGGUGGUGGUGGUGGUGGCGGUGGUGGUGAUGGAGAGGUUAAGGUUAAUCCGAUUGUGGUUGGAGCUGAUGAUGCAUCUGGUGUUUCGUCUGAUGUGAUUGUUCUAGAUGUUGGAGGUAUGGCUUGUGGAGGGUGUUCUGCAAGUGUAAAAAGAAUUUUGGAGAGUCAACCACUGGUAUCAGCCGCCAGUGUGAAUCUUACAACAGAGACAGCAAUUGUAUGGCCUGUACCUGAAGCUAAGGGUACACCAAAUUGGCAAAAAGUGUUGGGUGAAGAACUUGCAAAACAUUUGACAACUUGUGGAUUUAAUUCUAACCUUAGAGAUUCCAAGAAAGAAAGUGUCUUCCAAACAUUUCAAAGGAAGGUAGAAGAAAAGCGUAACCAAUUAAAAGAAAGUGGCAGAGGACUUGCGGUAUCGUGGGCUUUAUGUGCCGUAUGCCUUUUCGGCCAUGUUUCUCAUUUCAUAGGAGCCAAGGCUUGGUGGAUCCACGCCAUGCAUUCCACCGGUUUCCAUUUGUCGUUAUCUUUAUUUACAUUGUUGAUUCCUGGACGCCAACUUAUUGUUGACGGUAUGAAAAGUCUUAUACGGGGGACUCCAAACAUGAAUACAUUAGUUGGUCUUGGGGCGAUAUCGUCAUUUACUGUUAGCUCAUUGGCAGCAUUGAUACCAAAAUUGGGUUGGAAGGUGUUCUUUGAAGAACCGAUUAUGCUGAUAGCAUUUGUUUUGCUGGGAAGGAAUCUUGAACAAAGAGCUAAAAUUAAGGCCACUAGUGACAUGGCAAGCCUUCUUAGUGUUCUGCCACCAAAAGCUCGUCUUCUAGUGAACGAUGGUGAUGAUGAUAAAGAAUCAAGCUCAACAGUGGAUGUUCCUUGUGACAGUCUCUCUGUAGGAGAUAAAAUUGUUGUACUACCCGGAGAUCGUGUUCCUGCUGAUGGUAUAGUCACAGCUGGCAGAAGCACUGUGGACGAGUCAAGUUUCACGGGUGAGCCACUCCCCGUCACUAAGCUUCCAGGGGCUGAAGUGUCAGCAGGUAGUAUUAAUCUAAAUGGAGCACUUACUGUUGAAGUACAAAGGUCAGGAGGUGAGACCUUCAUGGGCGACAUUGUUCGUUUGGUAGAAGAAGCUCAAAGUAGAGAAGCCCCUGUUCAACGUUUGGCUGACAAGGUUGCUGGACACUUCACGUAUGGUGUAAUGGCAAUUUCAGCUGCCACAUUUGUGUUUUGGAGUACUGUUGGUGCACGUAUAUUACCGGUCGCUUUUCAGCAAGGAAGUGCCAUGUCAUUAGCAUUGCAGCUCUCAUGUAGCGUUUUGGUUGUUGCUUGUCCAUGUGCAUUGGGUUUAGCAACGCCUACUGCUGUGCUGGUUGGAACUUCACUUGGUGCCACAAAAGGAUUGCUUUUGCGUGGUGGAAGUAUCUUAGAGAAGUUUUCAGCGGUCAACACAAUUGUUUUUGACAAAACAGGGACAUUGACCAUUGGCAAACCUGUUGUCACAAAAAUAGUGACCACUGCCUCUGAUGAGCAUUUCGAGCUAAAUUCAAAUGAGAAAUGGUCUGAAACCGAUGUACUGAAGCUAGCUGCUGCAGUAGAAUCUAACACACUUCAUCCGAUUGGGAAAGCUAUCCUGGAAGCUGCCCGGGCUGCUAAAUGUUCUAAUGUGAAGGCUGAUGAUGGAACAUUUAUGGAAGAACCUGGAUCUGGUGCCGUAGCCUCUUGUGGGAAGAAGAUGGUUUCUGUCGGUACAUUGGAAUGGGUUAGAAGGCAUGGAGUUACUGAGAAUCCGUUUGUAGAAACUGAAGAAUUUAAAAAUCAAUCAGUUGUGUAUGUCGGGAUAGAUGGUGUGCUUGCAGGUCUUAUUUAUGUUGAGGAUCAGAUAAGAGAAGAUGCUGCACACGUUGUUCAAUCUUUGACUAGUCAAGGAAUUAAUGUAUACUUGCUUUCUGGGGAUAAAAAAAGUUCAGCUGAAUAUGUUGCAUCCGUUGUCGGUAUUCCAAAGGAACAGGUGUUUUAUGGAGUUAAACCUGAUGAGAAAAGUAAAUUUAUAAGCAGACUUCAGAAGGAUCAACAUAUUGUCGCUAUGGUCGGGGAUGGAAUCAAUGAUGCUGCCGCGCUGGCUGAAUCACAUGUAGGAGUCGCCAUAGGUGGCGGUGUUGGAGCUGCCAGCGAGGUCGCCUCAGUUGUGCUCAUGGGUAACAAAAUUUCACAGUUGAUUGAUGCAUUGGAGCUUAGCAGACAAACAAUGAACACUGUAAAGCAAAAUCUCUGGUGGGCUUUUGGCUACAAUAUUGUUGGGAUCCCAAUAGCUGCUGGAAGUUUGUUGCCGGCGACAGGGUUGAUGCUUACCCCGUCGAUUGCUGGGGCCCUCAUGGGUUUUAGCUCUAUUGGUGUUAUGGCUAAUUCGUUGCUUCUGAGAUUUAGAUUUACAUCACAACACAAGAAAAUUAAUGGAUCAUCAUCAUCAUCAUCAUAUCAAGUACAAGAAGACAUUGAAGCACCCAAAACUCAUGUUAAAAAUCACAUUGAUAGUUAAGAGUUAUAGAGGAGUUGUCUUGUUUAAACAAGGCUUGAGGUUUACUCGUGCCACGUUUAUUAAACACAGAACCCAGUUCGAUUAUUAUGCUUUUAAUUUGGGGGUAAAAUCUUCAAAACCUUCAGUUAUAAGGAUAGUCGGAUCAUAAUGUUCUUCUUCCAACAAAGGCUCUACCCAGCCCAAA